UGUGUGUGUGUGUGUGUGUGUGUGUGUGUGUGUGUGUGUGUGUGUGUGUGUGUGUGUGUGUGUGUGUGUGUGUGUGUGUGUGUGUGUGUGUGUGUGUUUUUCUCUCCCUGCAUCUCUUAUGGGAACCACGAAGGCAGAAGGACGAAAAAGAUAAUGGAGUUUCACGGCGCUGUGGAGGUGAACACUCAGUGGAAGCCUCCGCUAGACUACAGCACCAACACCAACAACACCAACACCACCGCAACCAAGUCUGUCACUCAGCAGGCGUCAGACAGCAGCUCGCAGGCCGAGGCGACCGACGCAGACGGCUUUCUGCCCUGUCAGUCAAAGCCUUUAGCGGAGAGCGAGGACUUCUCCAGUUCAGAAACAAGCAACCAGCAGGAUUUGAGGAACGCUCAGGGUUCCUAUUCCAGAUUAAACAUUUAUUCCUCGGAAGACAGUGAUGAAGACGUCUGUGCCUCCAGACUGAGGAAGACUAAGAGUAUCUUGGAUGAGUUAUUUACUGACGAGUCCAACGACUCGGCGUCAGACAGCGGAGAGGAUCUUCCUUCGAAACCCGGAGACGAGAGCGACGGGAGCAGCUCGGACAUCAGCGAGUGCCCUCAACCGAGCGCGAGCACUCAUCGGGGGUCAAAGGUCGACGGCGUGGCUGUAAACAAGACCGAGAAAACCGAGGAUGGGAGGAGAGUGUAUAAUAAAAAACACUACUGCCUGUUUUGCUCGAAACCUUUCAGCAAAAUAGCGAGACAUUUGGAGGACGUUCACUCGAAGGAAGAGGAAGUCUCGAAAGCGUGCAGUUUCCCAAAAGGUUCCAAACAGAGGAGGAUUUAUUUGGACGAGCUCCGACUCAGAGGGAAUUACAUCCACAAUAUCGCCGUGCUGAAAUCGGGGAAAGGCGACUUGAUCCCGUAUAAACGGCCGCGAGGGGAAAUGAAAGCGAGCGACUUCAUGCACUGCCCGCACUGUCAGGGCUUGUUCACCAAAAAAGUCCUGUGGAGGCACAUGAAGGUGUGUAAACUCAGUCCUAAAGAUUACGUUCCCAAACCUGGGAAGAACCGCGCGCUCUCUCUGUGCGCCGCCACGCAGCCGGUACCUCGGAACAUCAGUCCGGAGCUGUGGAAGAUUUUAAGCGUCAUGGUCUCGGAUGAAAUCACCGAAGCCGUAAAGAACGACAGCUGCGUCAUCCAAAUGGCGGAACACUGGCUCCGGAAGAGCGGAGAGUCUCCGAACAGUCAGUGCUUCAUCCGGCAAAAGCUGCGAGAAUUAGGAAAACUGCUGCUCAGCGGCCGGAAGGUGACGUCUCUCAGGAAACUGGAGGAUUUUAUCGACCCGUACAACUGCAUGCAGGCGGUGGAAGCCGUGCGGCACGCGUGCGAAUACAACAGCGAGAAAAACACCUACAAAAUUCCGUCCCUCGCUAAAAAGCUGGCCAUUUGCCUGGCGCAGCUCAGUCGCCUCGUACGGACUAAAGUGGUGAUGCCGAAAAACGUGAAGCUGGCACGAAAACUGCAGAACUUCCAAAAAAUCCACGAGGAACGCUGGAACGACUUGCUGUGCGCGACAGUGUUUAGGAACUCGGAAGACGAGGAGGUGAAAUUUAAACCUCCGACGCUGCUGGCUUUCACAGAAGAUGUUCAGAAGCUCCACACGUUCCUGGACAAAGCGCAGGACGAAUUCACGGCGCAGUUAUCCGCAGAGUCGUCCACGAAACACUGGUCGGAUUUAGCGAAGGUCGCUCUGACGCAGAUCAUCCUGUUCAACCGGAGCCGGGAAGCCGAAGUGGUGAGCAUGACACUGGAGACUUUUUUAUCCCGAGACAACACCGAUCCUGCCACAGACAUCGACUGGGCGCUGACCGAGGUCGAGAAGCAACUCUGCCGCCAUUUUUACAAAAUCGUCAUCCGGCGAGACGGAGCGCGUCCCAUUCCCAUCCUGCUGACUCUGAAAAUGCUACGCGCCCUGCAGCUGCUGGUGGAAAAGCGGGAAUCCUGCGGCGUGAUGAAGGACAACACUUACGUCUUCGCCCGGCCCUCGGCUUCGUCUCAUUUCAGGUGCUCGGACUGCGUUCGGGGGUUUGCGUUGAUUUGCGGAGCGAAGGAUCCUCAAGCGCUGACUUGUUGGAAAUUGCGGAAGCGGAUGGCGACGUUGUCCACGGUGCUGAAUCUCGGAGACCCGGAAAUAAACCAGUUAGCGAGCUUUCUCGGACACGAGCUGAUCAUCCAGGAUGAGUUUUACCCGCUGCAUGAAAGGACACUACAGCUAGCUAAAGUGCACAAGGUGCUAACGGCAAUGGAGCAGGGACGAAUGAUGGAGUUCAUGGGCAAGAACUUCACAGAUAUCGACGUUCAACCUGAUGAGAAGGUUGAUCUGAGCAGCGACAAAGUAAAGAAGAGCUGGGAAUGUUCAGGCGUGUUUCCAGGCACUUGUCCAGGAAAAAAAGCAACUCAGAAAAAGAGGAAAACGUGGAGCGGGCCUGAAAUCCAGGCCGUGGAAAAGCACAUGAAGGAUUACAUCACUUCCUGUCGAGUCCCGGGCAAAGCGGCGUGCGAGAACUGCAUAAGCGCCGAACCUUUAACGCUUAAAAAGAGAGACUGGCAGAGCGUCAAGUUCUACAUCUACAACCGCAUCAUGGCGCAGAAGAGAGACGCCAGCCACAAAGUCUGAAGAGUUUCGUUUAAUUAUUUUUAAAUGUUAAAAAAAAAAACAAAAAAAUGAUGCUAAUGCUUUAAAACUGCAGCAUUAAAUAAUGUGCUAACUAACGGCUUAAAUCUGUGUUACAUUAUCACAGGAGUCAUUACUUAGAGGACCAGGAAAGUAUUUUAGCCGAUCGAACAGAAAAAAUACCGAAAUAAAAUCAACAAAUCUAAAAAAUAAAUAAAAAACUGGCCGCAGUUCAGCGAGUGUAGCUACAAGGCUAAUCUUUAUAAUUAACAUCACAGCUUCAGUAGUUAUUUUGUACGGAAAUUUGAACGAUGUCGAACAUCACUCUACGUUCACGCUAGCGGACGACGAGUCACACGUGUCGCUUGGUGUUUCUUGUCUCUUGUGGGCGUGGCCUGUCCAGCGUUUUUUAGUUCUGAUAAGAACUGUCUGUAGCUAUGUAUCUCUUUUGAAGCUAGCUAGUUAAACCCAAAUUAGCUAACUGUACUAGCUACGUAUACUCUAUGCAGAGACACCAGCGAUCUCUGCGACUUCCUUCCACGCUUUAUUUAUUCUCCUUAACGUUUGAGUUUGUUGCUUCUGGAUUUAACAGCGUCAUACCUAAUUUGCAUAGAAUUGAGAAAACUUCAGUUGAAAUGUUUUUUGUGGUUUUGUGUGGUUUCGCACACGUACGUAGAAAACGAACAAUCGCGUGUCGCUUUGUCGCUCGCCGGCGUGAACGCUAGAGUUACUCCAUCAGCUCGAGUGGAAUUCGUUUCAUUGUUUCAACCUCAACCACAAGCACCUUUUACUUCUAAUCCUACAGGCUUUAAAAAAAAUCACUUCUUCUACUUUUUUUUUUUUUUGUAAACUUACUGACCAAUCAGGUAGCAGUUUGGAUUUUUUUAAAAAUAACGUGCUUCUGAGACGUUACGUGAUGUCACGUCGCACAAGCAAAUCAAAUUCAAAACAACCUCCUCCUUAUAUUUCAUCUGCAUUACUGAGAAUAAGAAAUCGAAUCUACACAGUUAGCUAAUAAUAGCUACAUCUGGUAAGAGCGUCGUCAUGGUUACAGCGUGAAAGCCGCCAGACGACCUUCAGUGUUGUAUCUCUGCUGUAGCGCUAUUAUUAUUAUUAUUAUUAUUAUUAUUAGAACAAGUAAGUCUUAUUGGUCCACGGAUAAGGAGCUGAAAACAACAACAGUACGUUUUUUAACUGUUUAUGCGACUCAACUGUCGGAAUAAAUUGUGUCUUAUGAUUUUGUGGAUAAAGUGAGUAAUAAAACUGUAGUGUGUGACUUCGUUAAGGCGUAAACCUUCACCCUUCACCCUCAUGUCAGAUUUGUGUCAAUAAAACGAUAUGAUUAGCUGUAGCUGUAGCUGUAAACGUUUGGAUGUACUGAAGCUUUUUCACACUUUAUUAUGAUAUUAUCACACCGCAUUAAACUCAACACCAGGUUUAAAGCUGGACUGCAUGAUUUCUGUUUCUCCAUCUAACACCACCAUGUUACACUUUUUAAUAAUAAACCCAAUGAACACUU